AUGGACGACAUCGACGAGGCCGUGUACCCUGCAACCAUCAACGAAGAUCUGGUUGACUAUGGUCACGUGCCCGACGACGUCGACGACGCGGGUGGCGCUGAUGCUGCUGCCUUCCUCGGGCUUGGCAACGUCACUGAGGCUGCCGCGGCCCCUGUGCCGCCGGUAAGUGAGUCUCAGUCCUGUGGAUCUAAGCGUCGAUCUCCUGUCUGGGAUAAUUUUGAUGAAAUCUUGGAUGAUAAACGCGUGCGUAUUGCUGCUGUUUGCAAGUUUUGUCGCCAUAGAUUGUCUGCUAAAUCUGCUGCUGGCACUGGUCAUCUGCUUAGGCAUCAAAAUGCAUGUAAAAAGAAAGCUGAUCAUGCUAAAAUGGUUCAAACUAGGCUUGCUAUGAACCCUGAUGGAUCAUAUAGGAACUGGGAAUACACACCUGAUGUUGCUAGGGUUGAAUUAUGCAAAUUGAUUGCUAGGCUUGAUCUGCCUUUAUCUGUUGCUGAUAAUGAUGCUUGGGAUGAUUACAUUCAACGUGCUCAUAACCCUAGACAUGUUAGAGUGUCUAGGUUUUCAACUAGUAGAGAUCUGGAGAAGCUUUUCAUUGACACUAUUAAUAACUUAAAACAUAUUGUCUUUCCUGGUGUCAAUUCUAUUUGUUUGACCUCUGAUAUCUGGUCUGGUAAUGCAAAGGAGGAUUACAUCACUGUUGUAGCUCAUUUUAUCAAUUCUGAUUGGCAACUUAAGAAACAUGUGAUUGGUUUUAGAUUGAUUGAAGAGGCUCAUACUGGUACAAACAUUGCUGAACGUAUCUCUGAUGUGGUUGAGGCAUUCGGAAUGACUGAUAAGAUCUUUGCUGUUUCCUUAGAUAAUGCUUCUUCUAAUAAUAAUGCUAUGCAAAUUUUGGCUCCAAUCUUUUUUGGUUACUUGGGUGUUGAUACUGAUCCUGAUAAUCCAUCUAAGAAAACCUACUAUGUUGUGCAUCAGAGGUGUGCUUGCCAUGUUAUUAAUCUCAUUGUGAAGUCUGGUUUGAAAAGGCUGAAACCUUAUAUAGAGAUCUUUAGAACUGCAAUUAGUUAUUUGAAUGCAUCUAAUAAAAGAAUUGCUGAGUUUAAAGACUACUGUUUGCUUAAGGGUGUUAGACCUCGUAAAUUUGGUUUGGAUAUGGAUGUUAGAUGGAAUUCAACCUAUCUCAUGCUUAAGCACCUGAUUCCAUAUAAGAAUGUAUUUUCUGUGUUCAUCAAUGGUAAUAUUGGCUAUGCUGCUUUGAAUGGUGAGCACUGGUAUGUUGCUGAAAAGGUUUGUGAAUUCCUUGAGUUGUUUUAUGAAUCAACUAUUGCUCUAUCUGGAGUGUAUUAUCCCACAAGUCCUUUGGUUCUGCAUCAUAUAAUUGAAAUUGCUACUCAUUUCCAUGAAUGUCGGGGUGAUUCAAAACUUGAAACUGUUAUAGGCCCUAUGAGAAUGAAGUUUGAGAAGUACUGGAAAAAAAUUCCCAUGUUAUAUUCAUUUGCAUUUAUUCUUGACCCUAGAGCUAAAUUGAGAGGUUUGCAUAUGGCUCUUGAUUUGCUUGCUAAGUCUACUUCCUACAAUUACAAUCUGUAUGCUAAUGAAGUUAAGCAUGAGUUGUUCAAGCUGUAUAACAAGUAUGAAAACAAGUUUGCUGCAGCAAGGCCAGCAAGGACAGCCCAUCCAUCAGGUUUGACAGGUAAAAGGAAGCAGGCUUGGGGUAAGAUCUUUGGAGGGCCAGGAGGAUCUGGUACCUCUGGUCCUUCUAGUAACAUUCCUAUUGCUGGUACAUGUGAGCUCACUGCCUAUCUUGACAGUGACAAUGUUGUGGCAUAUGAUGAUUCAUUUGAUAUCCUUAAUUGGUGGCAUGAUCAUAAACUAACCUAUCCAGUUCUCUCUAUCAUGGCUAAGGAUAUUAUGUCGGUUCCUGUCUCAACUACUUCUUCAGAGUCUUGUUUCAGUCAGUCUGGCAGGAUUCUAGAGGAUCGGCGCAGAAGGUUGAACCCGGAGACUGUGGAGCAGCUGAUCAUCAUCAAGGACUGGGAGCUGGCUGCGAGGAGAGCACAACACUCUGUGGAGGACUUGGAGCUGGAGGAGAAGUUCAAGAACCUAUGGCUUGAUGAGGACAAUGCUGGUGCUGCUGCUGGGGAUGAGAGUUAG